CUAUCUAUACAGACGCGUUUCGGACCCCACUCUGAGUUCAAGCUCAUCGGCAAUCAAUAUAGCUUUUCACUCUCCAUCUUCUCUCUUGGAACAAUCGUAGGAGCCCUACCGUCAUUGUUCUGGCUCACUGAUUCCCUGCAGAGCGUGUGUCCGCAGGUGUCAUCGCUCUACAGGGAGUGAACUUGGCGCUGACCGUCAUCUGUCGUUCAAAUAUCUCUACACAAAUCACUUCUUUCUCGGCUUCCUGAAGGGGGGGUAUCUCCCCUAUGCUGAUGGUUAUUGUGGCAAGUCUCUACAAAACGAGUGAACAACAUUUGAGACUCGGCGCUUGGUUCUCAUCUGGGGACCGACUUCUUCGCGAUGUUUGCUCCCUUCAGUCGACUUUGGACUUGGCCACAUGACAGCCGCUCUUGCACCGUUGAAAUAUGUGCAUCUUUGCGUACUGGAUCACAAUCCGCUGGACAGUGAUCAUUCUCUUCCUGCUCCCACCAGAGCCCAAUCGCGCUAGGGGCUCCACCGGGCGUCAACGUUGCGUUGCCGUGGCUAGGCUACGCUCCAACAACGCUGGCGUACACAAUACCCACAUCAAACACGUCCGGGUCCUUGAAGUGUUGGAUGAUCCACUCUUCUGGCAGCUUUUCCGGACUGCCUUCAGCAUGUUGAUCGCCAACGGCCGGAUCUCCACUUAUAUGACCGUCAUAAUUUCUGGCGUCGGCUAUUCUCCACUGAACAGUUUCCUACUCUCCGUCUCCGCCGGCAUCAUUACUGGAUGCUCCAGCCUUCUCGCAGACCAUCUCACCAGUAAAUAC